UUUUAAUGCUCGGGUAUAAUAGUUGUUUCUAAUUACAUGCGGAUGAGUUUUUUCUGUGUAUUGUUGACACUUCAUUCAUACGUAGGGAGCAACAAAGUGGAGCUUUUGUUAACGUUGUUAGAUCAAGGCACCGGAGUAGCCUCGAUUUAAAACGUUAAAUGCAUAAAAAUUCAAAACGAGCCUAUAGUUGUUCCCCGCUAUAAACUGCAGGGGCAUAUUUGUCCCUUUUUCCAUUUAUAUUAGUGGACUAAUUAAGCAAGAAAGCUAAUUUUGGGCUUGAUUGCUACCAUGAAGAAGUUCAGAGGACGAAUUAAAAAUUAAACCAUGGCAAGCUAGUUUAGGGAUACGCCUGACUUGCUAGAGACAAAGCGACAAUCCUCGCCGCCGUAUUGCUUCUUGCUCUCGCCAUUCUAGCUUCUGGUAAGCAUUUGAAAUUACUCGCCCCCAAUUCAAUGUUUUAUCUUAGUAGAUUAUGCCGCAAUCAAAUUCAUAAUAAAAUUGCUAGGAACCCUAGUUUCAAACCUCAUUUUCAUGCUUCCGAACUUCAAAACUCUAGCUGCUGCUCAAAUGAAGUAAUUGACUGCUGUUUUCAAUUCAAUUUACCAAACUCUAAAUUGGGUCUACACUCAAUUUCCCCAAUUUUUAACCAAUGUAAAACCCCCAAUUUUGUUACUAAAGACCUGUGCUCUAACUUUGUGAGGCAUCACUGUUCUGGCACUGAAGGUGGGUCUUCUCUGUGGACUGAGGAGAUAGAGUAUUUAGAUGAGUCGGGUAGUGUAAUUUAUAGUGGUAAGGGUAUAAGGUCGGUUGAGCCGGGGCUCGAUGACCAUGUGAUGAUUGGUGGGCUGAAGAAGACAAUUCUGAAUGUUGCUGCAGUUGCUAAGAUUGUUGAGAUUGUUAAGAGGUGGAAAUGGGGGCCGGAAUUGGAGACGCAGUUGGAUAAGUUACAGUUUGUACCGAGUAUGACUCAUGUUGUUCAAGCUUUGAAAAUUAUUAAUGAUCCUGAUGGAUCGUUGAGUUUGUUUAAAUGGGCGAAGAGGCAAUCUUGGUAUGUGCCGGAUGAUGAGUGUUUUGUGCUGUUAUUUGAUGGACUGAAUCAAAUUAGAGAUUUUGAUGGAAUUCAGUCUUUGUUUGAUGAGAUGGUUCAAGAUGCGAAUAGGGGAGGGAUAUCUGCAGUUGGUGCAUAUAAUAGGGUGAUUCAACAUCUAGCUAAAUCCGAGAAGUUGGAGUUGUCACUUUGUUGCUUUAAGAAGGCUAAGGAUUCAGGUUGUAAAAUUGACACACAAACAUAUAAUUUACUUAUAACUUCCUUUUUGAAUAAAGGCUUGCCUUACAAAGCAUUUGAGAUAUAUGAGAGCAUGGAAGCAGCGCAAUGUUCAUUAGAUGGCUCAACAUAUGAGCUGAUGAUACCUAGCUUGGCAAAAUCAGGUCGUUUAGAUGUGGCUAAUAAGCUUUUUCAAGAGAUGAAAGAAAGGAAAAUUCGUCCAACUUUUAGCAUAUUUUCUUCACUUGUUGAUUCAAUGGGGAAAGCAGGGAGGUUGGACACAUCCAUGAAGGUUUAUACGGAAAUGCAGGGUUUUGGACUUAGACCAUCUGCAAGUAUGUACGUUUCUUUGAUUGAGUCUUAUACAAAGGCUGGGAAGUUGGAUACUGCUGUGAGGCUCUGGGAAGAGAUGAAGAAAGCUCGUUUUAGGCCAAACUAUGGGUUGUACACGUUGAUUACUGAAUCACAUGCUAAGUCAGGAAAGCUUGAUACUGCUAUGUCCCUCUUUAAUGAUAUGGAAAAGGCUGGGUUUCUACCAACCCCAUCGACUUAUUCAUGUCUUCUUGAAAUGCAUGCUGCCUCUGGACAAGUAGAUUCUGUAAUGAAGCUGUAUAACUCGAUGACGAAUGCUGGUCUGAAACCAGGUCUGAGUACAUAUACCGCCCUUUUGACACUUCUGGCUAGUAAGAAACUUGUCGAUGUGGCCGCCAAAAUUUUACUUGAAAUGAAGGCCAUGGGAUUUUCUGUUGAUGUGAGUGCCAGUGAUGUUCUAAUGGUGUACAUUAAGGAUGGUUCUAUUGACCUUGCCUUGAGGUGGCUGCGUUUCAUGGGUUCAUCUGGAAUCAGAACAAAUAAUUUUAUAAUAAGGCAGUUGUUUGAGUCUUGCAUGAAGAGCGGUUUAUAUGAAUCAGCCAAGCCUCUCCUUGAGACCUAUGUGAACUCUGCUGCUAAAGUGGAUCUAAUACUUUAUACAUCAAUUCUUGCUCAUCUAGUCCGAUGCCAAGAAGAGCAGAACGAGAGGCAUUUGAUGUCCAUUCUCAGUGCUACAAGACAUAAGGCGCAUGAUUUUAUGUGUGGGCUUUUUACGGGUCCCGAACAAAGAAAACAACCAGUGUUAACCUUCGCUAGGGAGUUUUUCCAGGGCAUUGAUUAUGAUUUGGAAGAGGGUGCUGCGAGGUACUUCGUAAAUGUUUUGCUCAAUUACCUUGUUCUUAUGGGGCAAAUAAACCGAGCUCGAUGUGUUUGGAAGGUUUCCUAUGAGAACAAGCUUUUCCCAAAGGCUAUAGUUUUUGACCAACAUAUUGCUUGGUCCCUUGAUGUUAGGAACUUAUCCGUAGGAGCUGCUCUCAUUGCAGUUGUGCACACUCUCCAUAGAUUUAGGAAGCGCAUGUUAUACUACGGUGUUAUUCCAAGACGUAUCAAAUUGGUUACUGGACCCACUUUGAAGAUUGUUGUUGCACAAAUGUUGAGUUCCGUAGAGUCCCCAUUUGAGGUUAGCAAGGUAGUUCUAAGAGCUCCAGGGGACUCUGUUAUGGAGUGGUUUAAGAAACCUAUUGUCCAGCAGUUUCUUCUUAAUGAGAUUCCUUCAAGGGCUGAUGUACUCAUGCAUAAGCUGAACACACUUUUCCCGAGUUCUGCUCCUGAAAUCAGAUCACUGACUCCUCCAAAACCGCUUAUUUCAGGGAGAGCUGCGUAAAUAUUUGUGAUAAUUGAGAUCAGUUACCAGUUCAGUGCCUACGAGUAAUGAAAAAAGGAAGCAUUUCAAGUUGGAAUAAUCAGGAAGUGCUGAAACUGAAACUGUCUUUCCUUUUGGGUAACUUAAAAGCAAAUCUCUUCAUGGAAGAGAAAUAGUUGAAUCCUUUGGCUUGCCGAUUUGCAUAAUGUUAUAGCAGGCAGACUAUUUUUAUUCCAUGGAAGCAGAAUUGAAAUCCAACCAUGGCUUCUCUUAGUGACUUGUGUAAAAACUAAUUGCUCGCAAGAAGCUGUAAAAACAUAUGCCAGAGAAUCUGGCUUGUUGGUUCAUUUUGGAAGAGGAAGGGAGAGUUGAAAGUUCGUCAACGAUGUCAGACUAGUUCUGUACAUAAAACAUCUGAGUCGUAGUCUUGAUUCAUCGGAGAACAUGACCUCCAUACGUGCCUGGUAACCGCUUUUUUCUGCCAUUGCUACAAAAUGUCAGCAUCCGUCGAGAGAAUGUGAGUAAGAGACUUGUGAUUGAUGGUCAGGAUGAAACGGAAUUGUUUCCCUUCCAUUUGACUUAAAUAUCAAUUUGCCCCUUAAACUUGCACAUAAAUUAACUGUAUUAUAAAAUUUUGUUACUGUUAUCAAUUUGGUCCGGAAUGGGGAAGCAAAUUGACAUUUAAA